UUUUCUCUCUCUCUCUCUUUCUCUCUCUCUCUCUCUCUCUCGAAAGCUAAGCUCAGCGCAGCACCUCUCCUAAUUCGUCAAUGGCAAAUCCAAAUCUUAAUCUGAAUCUGAAUCUGUGGUGCGUCUUCUUCGUUCUGUUAUGCUUUGUCGCUUUCGUUCACUCCGAUUCCCAUUUUGAAGGUUUCGAAGCCGAAGACGAUGAUUUCGAAGACCCAUCUAUCGAUCCCACUUCUCUCCGAUCACCGCCCUCCCAACCCCUCACCACCACAACAACCACCACCACCACCACCACCACCACCACCCCAAAAUCCGAUCCCAAUCCCCAAUCCCCUCCUUCGGAUCUUCCGAAUCCUUCAUCGACCCCCAUCCCCACCACCACCACCUUCGAUUUCUGGGACGACGAAGAAUUCGAAGGCCUACCCAUCGAACACCCUCAACCUCAACCUCACCCUGAGCUUCCCACUGAUCCCAAAUCCCUCGAUAAUUCUUCGGAUCCCACUACCCCUCACAAACCCCAAAACGUUAAGGCUUCUCCGCGUUCCUUUACUGUGGAGAUCAUUUGCGGGAGUUUUCUGAUUAUGUUCGCUAUCAAUUACUUCACCGGAAAGCGCGAGAAUGAGAGCUUAGCCCUUUCCUGGGCAGCGCAAUUCGCCUCCAAAGACUCCAUCUUUGAGAAGAAUUUCAGCCUUUUGGGGAUCGGGGACGGUGGCGAUGAUGCCCCUUUGUUGUUGAAAGAAGGCCAAACCACCUUCAAGUUUUACGCGAGCGGCAGAAGACAUUGCCAGGGUUUGUUGGCGACGUUGGAGUUGAAGAGCAGGCACGAUCUGAUUGCUAGGAUUUACAAUAUGAUCGUUCCCGCGAGGGAUGAGAUUAGCUUUGAGGUUUACAUGAACGAUGACGCCAUGGAUCACGUGGUAUUUGCCAUGGCGAAGAAGAAGGCUGCGAAAGCUAUGCACAAGGAUGUGAAGGAUUUGCAGAAGUUUGCGAAUAUUAUCUCCCCUCCCAAUGGGAAGAAGUGGGUUGCUGACGACCUGGCUGUUAUUUCUGAGUCCAAAGAAGUCGGUGCUGAUUUGAUCACAGAUGCCGUUAUUGACCAGGUUUUUGGUGACAAAGCUUUUGAGAAAUUUGGAAAAGGUUUGAUUUCAUUGCAUUUCUCAGACCAGCACCCUGGCAUACACAAGAAGGUAUUGUUGUUCAAGUUUGUGCUUCCAGCUGCUAAAAACAUGGCUGAUAUGACUCGACUCGUGGCCCUUGUUCCGUAUUAUAUUGACUUGAUCGGAAGAUAUAAAUUAAGUUCCCAGGCUCGGUCUAAGACAGAGGCUGCCAGACAAAAGGCUGCUCAAGAGGCACAAAAAGAACUCCGAAAUGCCCAACAAGAGGCCAUGCAGAGAAGAAAGGCAGAGAGGAAAAAAAUGAUGGAGGAGGCUGAGGCAAAGCUCGGUGCAGAGGCUAUUAGAAAGAAAGAAGCAAAAGAGCGUGCUCGUCAAAUGAAAAAGGCAAUGCCAAGGAUGAAAAUGUCCCGUGGUGCCUAAUUCUUUAAUGUUCUCAAGUUUGAUGACUCGUGAGAAGAAUCGAAGGCCCUCUCCACCCCAGCUUACGUUGUAGUUGGGUCCUUGCCUUUUGUAGAAUUAUGGCAAAGUACUUUUGUUAGCUAGAUAGGCGUGGCCACGUAUUGGUGGAUUUUGAAUGUACCAAAAUCCCGAUUUUAGAGACAUUAUUUAUAAGUUAGUUCCUGAUAAAAACCUCAAUCUAGUCAUCCUAGUUUCUAGUUGACAAUGUUGUAUUCCCAUUUUCUUUUUGUUAACAUGCAUGCAGUGACAAAUGCCUUAUCAACUUGUUUUUUAUUGUUUUA